AUGGGUAAGACUCAGAAGAAAAAUAGUAAAGGUCGUUUGGAUAAGUACUAUUAUCUAGCCAAAGAGAAAGGAUAUCGUGCUCGUUCGUCAUUUAAAAUCAUCCAAAUAAAUGAGAAAUUCGGACAUUUUCUCGAGAAGUCGAAGGUUGUAAUCGAUUUGUGUGCCGCCCCGGGCUCGUGGUGUCAAGUGGCUUCAAAUCUGUGUCCAGUGAACUCACUGAUUAUUGGUGUCGAUAUCGUGCCGAUGAAGUCGAUGCCCAAUGUCAUUACUUUUCAGAGUGAUAUUACAACUGAAGACUGCCGCUCUAAACUGAGAGGUUACAUGAAAACGUGGAAAGCAGACACCGUUAUGCACGAUGGUGCCCCAAACGUUGGUCUUGGGUGGAUUCAAGAUGCGUACACACAGUCGCAUUUAACGUUACAAGCAUUAAAGUUGGCAGUUGAAAAUUUAGUAGUAGGAGGAACUUUCGUUACCAAAAUUUUCAGAUCCAAGGACUACAACAAGCUGAUUUGGGCCUUUGGCCAGCUUUUCGACAAAGUUGAGGCAACGAAGCCCCCAGCUUCCAGAAAUGUCUCCGCAGAAAUUUUCGUCGUGUGCAAAGGUUUCAAGGCUCCUAAAAAACUGGAUCCCAGAAUAUUGGACCCCAGAGAGGUUUUUGAAGAACUACCGGAUGGUCCACAGAACAACGAAGCCAAGAUCUUCAAUCCAGAAAAAAAGGUCAGAAAGAGAGAAGGUUACGAAGAAGGUGAUUACUUACUUUACCAUACUAAACCUAUCAUGGACUUUGUCAAGUGCGAAGAGCCCAUAGAAAUGCUGGGAAGCCAGAACAAGUUCACUGUUGAUACCGAGGACCACGAGUGGAAGAUUCUAAAGAAAUUGAAGCAGACUACAACGGAGUUCUUGGCUUGCAUAGAGGAUCUGAAGGUCUUGGGAAGAAAAGACUUUAAAAUGAUACUAAAGUGGAGAAAAGCCGCCAGGGACAUUUUGGGUAUAGAUAAGGAAGAGGAGAAAGUGGAAGAGACACCAUUGACCGAAGAAGAACAAAUCCAAAAGGAAUUGCAGAGUCUACAGGAAAAACAGAGGUUGAAUCAGAAACGUGAAAAGAGAAAGAAGAAUGAGAUGAAGCAGAAGGAACUCACAAGAAUGCAAAUGAACAUGCUGACGCCUGCUGAUAUUGGUAUCGAAUCCGCUGAUAUAGGAAGAGACGCCAUCUUCAAUCUCAAAACUGCCGAAAAAACUGGUAUACUUGAUCAGUUGGCUAAAGGUAAGAGAAGAAUGAUUUUCAAUCAAGAUGAACAGUCGAACAAUGACGAUAUUCACAUUGCAGAUGAUGCUCCUCUCGACGACCGUGACGACGUCGCUGACGCCGAUGAGCUAGAAUCCCAGUUGAACUUCAUGUAUCAAAAUUACAAAGAAAAGAGAGCCGAGCGGGACGCAAACUAUCGGGCCAAACAAGCCCGCGGUGGUGACGGCGAAGGUGAAUGGACUGGAUUCGCUGAAAAGGAUUAUGAAAGCGAUUCUGACGGUCAAAAAGAUCAUACCAGUGAGGACGAAAACUCGGCUCUAUCUGAUUCCGAUGAUGACGAAGCCAUCAAUAGGUUGAUCGCUAAAAUAAAAGCACCACAACAGGCACUCAGUUCUAAGGCUAAAUCUCUUUUCGAUCAAUCUAUCUUCGAUGGUGUCGAGGCUGACUUACCAACGCAGCCAGAAGUCUCAGGUACUGCCGACAAAGAAACUCUUUCUCCAGAAAGCGAGAGUGAAAGCGAGAGUGAAAGCGAGAGCGAAAGCGAUGGUUCCGGUGAUUUUGAGAUUGUUUCCAGAGAAGAGGAUGAAGAUCAAGAAAUGGACUCUGAUUAUGAUUCUGAUAACGAGAAGAGGGAUGCGGAGAAAGGAAAGCACUCAGAGGAAAUCGACAUCGCGACCGUUGAAGCCAUGACCUUGGCUCAUCAAUUGGCGCUAGGGCAGAGGACGAAACAUGAUUUGGUUGACGAAGGGUUCAACAGGUACGCAUUCCGUGACAAUGAAAACCUCCCUGAUUGGUUUUUAGAAGACGAGAAGACUCACUCUAAGAUUAACAGACCUAUAACUAAGGAAGCUGCACUCGCUAUCAAAGAGAAACUGAAAGCACUGAACGCCAGACCCAUUAAAAAAGUUGCCGAAGCAAAGGCUAGAAAGAAGAUGCGUGCUGUUGCCCGUCUAGAAAAGAUCAAAAAGAAGGCUGGUAUUAUCAAUGACGACAGUGACAAGUCUGAACGUGAUAAGGCUGAUGAGAUUGCCAAACUGAUGAGAAAGGUGAGUAAGAAGCAGGUACGGAAACCUAAGGUAACAUUAGUCGUCGCUACGGGUAAGAACAGAGGGUUAUCUGGAAGACCAAAGGGCGUGAAGGGCAAAUAUAAGAUGGUUGAUGGUGUGAUGAAAAACGAGCAAAGAGCACUAAAGCGUAUUGCCAAGAAACAUCACAAAAAGAAGUAA